UAUUUGAGGUUCUGCGUGUGUUUCUCAUGAUUUGAGCAAUUUGUUCGCGGUUGUUUGAAUAAAGUUUUUAUUCGGCUAGCACUUAUGGUAGUUGUAGUUCGUGUAGUUGUGUGACGAAGGCGCUUCGUCGGGCCAUUGAACAUCAUUUCCCAGAAUCCUUGGCGCUUUGCGUAGAUCGGGGCGGAGCUCAAAGAGAAAGCAUGGCUGCUGGUAUCCUGACUAGAGUGUCACAGGCUCUGUGGGGUCCCCGGUUGGUGGGCGCUGUGUUGGCAGGUCAUCGACACACACUCGGUACCGCAGCUGCUGCGGCCAAACCGUCAGCACCGAUCGAUGAUACCGGUGUGAAAGAGAAGAUCUUAAACUUCCCCCUCACUCAGCCAGACUUUUUCCGCUUGUCUGAGCUCUUCACCAUAAAGGACCUGUUUGAUGCCCGUGUGCAUCUCGGCCACAAGAAAGGCUGCAGACACAGGCUAAUGGAACCCUAUCUGUUUGGUUCUCGCCUGGACGUUGACAUCCUGGAUCUCGAUCAGACGGCGGAGCACCUCCAGAGGGCAUUAAACUUCACUGCUCACGUGGCGUACCGGAGUGGCGUUAUUCUGUUCAUCUGCCGCAGACGCCAGUACAGCCACCUUGUCGAGACGACAGCCCGAGAGUGCGGCGAGUACGCUCACACGCGUUACUGGCAGGGUGGACUGCUCACCAACGCCCCUGUACAGUACAGCCCCGGCGUCCGGCUACCGGACCUCAUUAUAUUCCUUUCAACCCUCAAUAAUGUUUUCCAGCCACACGUGGGAAUCCGGGACGCAGCUAAAAUGAAUAUACCCACAAUUGGGGUGGUGGACUCCAACUGUAACCCCAGCCUAAUCACAUACCCGGUGCCAGGCAAUGAUGACACUCCUGCUGCCAUGGAGAUGUACUGCCGGCUGUUCAAAAUGACCAUCAACAGGGCAAAAGACAAGAGGAGGCAAAUGGAGCUGCUGAGGGGUAUAUCAGCAUCAGCAUGAGAAGGGAACACCACGGCUGUGCCAGUUAACAUCAUUUAAUCCAGUCCACACAUGCAAACUACAGCAGGAAAAAAUAUGUCCAACGUUAAUAUUCAGGAAUAUUCAUGUAUGUUUAUGCCAAAAUGUUCAGCGUCCAGGAAUUUGACCCAUAGUUUAAUACUGCUCUUGAUUAAGAUCCUACAACUUGAUGCUUUGAUGAUGGAAAAGAUGCUGUCAGUUCAGUGGGUUGUUCUGUUAUGUACUGUUGAACAGUAAACUGGCAUUUUGUAUUCAAUGUAUUCAUCUUUGCUUGUUAACCACACUGUGAGAAAUGUAUAAGGCAGGAGAACCUUGACCAACCCAAAAAUAAAGGCAUUCACUAUGCCUUUAUUAUUCCAUUUGUGAAAUAUAAUUGUUAAACAGUUGGUUAUUUAUUGGAUUCAUAUGAGUUUCUCUUGAAUACUUAGAUAAACCAAAUAAAGCUUCUUUAAUUCAAAAUUGG